GAAGGUGGCUGGCAGUGGGGCAGGAAUGCAGAGCACCAUCAAUUACCUAUGGCACACGGACGACCUGCUGGGCCAGGGGGCCACGGCCAGCGUGUACAAGGCCCGGAACAAGAAAUCCGGGGAGCUGGUCGCUGUGAAGGUCUUCAAUGCUGCCAGCUACCGGCGCCCCCACGAGGUGCAGGUGAGGGAGUUUGAAGUCCUGCGGAAGCUGAACCAUCAGAAUAUCGUCAAGCUUUUUGCCGUGGAGGAGACGGGGGCCAGCCGCCAGAAGGUGCUGGUGAUGGAGUACUGCUCGAGCGGCAGCCUCCUCAGUGUGCUUGAGAGCCCCGAGCAUGCAUUCGGGCUACCCGAGGAGGAGUUCCUGGUGGUACUGCGCUGUGUGGUGGCCGGCAUGAACCACCUGCGGGAGAACGGUGUUGUGCACCGAGACAUCAAGCCUGGGAACAUCAUGCGUCUCGUCGGAUCCCAGGGCCAGAGCAUCUACAAACUCACCGACUUCGGUGCUGCCCGGGAUCUUGAAGAUGACGAGAAGUUUGUCUCUGUCUAUGGGACCGAGGAGUACCUGCACCCUGACAUGUACGAGCGGGCAGUUCUUCGAAAGCCUCAGCAAAAGGCGUUCGGGGUGACUGUGGAUCUCUGGAGCAUUGGAGUGACCUUGUACCAUGCAGCCACAGGCAACUUGCCCUUUGUCCCCUUUGGUGGGCCAAGGCGCAACAAGGAGAUCAUGUACCGGAUCACCACUGAGAAGCCAGCUGGAGCCAUUGCGGGCACACAGAAGCGGGAGAAUGGGCCCCUGGAGUGGAGCUACACCCUGCCCAGCACUUGCCAGUUGUCCCUGGGACUGCAGAACCAGCUGGUGCCCAUCUUGGCUAACAUCCUGGAGGUGGAGCAGGCCAAGUGCUGGUGCUUCGACCAGUUCUUCGCAGAGACGAGUGACAUCCUGCAGCGCGUCAUCGUGCACGUCUUCUCCCUAUCACAGGCCCUUCUUCACCAUGUCUACAUCCACGCACACAAUACGAUUGCCAUCUUCCUGGAUGCCGUGCAUGAGCAGACGGGUGUAGAGCCCCAGCACCAAGAGUAUCUCUUUGAGGGUCACCUGUGUGUCCUCGAGCCCAGCCUCUCAGCACAGCAUAUUGCACCCACAUCAGCAAUCAGCCCCCUGACCCUGUUCAGCAAGGCCAGUGAGAACCCCAAGGGACUGGCCUUCAGGGACCCUGCUCUGGAUGUCCCCAAGUUUGUCCCCAAAGUGGACCUGCAAGCAGAUUACAGUACUGCCAAGAGUGCGCUGGGUGCCGGCCACCAGGCCCUCCGACUGGCACGAACCCUGCAGACUGGGCAGGAGCUGACACUUCGAGGGCUGUAUUGGUUUGUGGAGAUGCUGCAGUCCACAUGCCGAAGGACUCUGGACAUCAUUCAAAUGGCCCUCCUCUUCCUCGGCAGCAGCCUGGGCACUGAAAGGUGCAGCAGUGUGGCUGGGGCGCCCGAGCUGCAGGAAGUGAAGAAGGCUGCAGAGCUUCGCUCUAAACUUCAGACGUUGGCGGGGGUCCUCUCCAGAUGUUCCCACAGUGUCAGAGAGACACAGCUGAGAAUGAGCUCCUUGAGCGCUGAACUGUUGGAGAGCCGGGCCCAGGUACAUGCGGACAGAAGCAUCCAGGAGAUUCAGUGCUGUGUGGACAAGAUGUUCGUCAUCUACAAACAGUUCAAGAAAUCCAGACUGAGACCAGGGCUCAACUACAAUGAGGAGCAGAUUCACAAACUAGAUAAAGUCAACUUUAGUCAUUUAGCCAAAAAGCUCCUACAGGUAUUCCAGGAGGAGUGCGUCCAGAAGUAUCAGGCGUCUCUGGUCACACAUGGCAAGUGGAUAAGGGUGGCACAUGAGACUAGGACCCACCUGCGCCUGGUUGGCUGCUCCGUGUCGGCCUGCAACACAGAAGCUCAGGGAGCCCAGGAAAGCCUCAGCAAGAUCCUUGACGUACUGUCUGGCCAGCUCCUUCAGGACCAAACAAAGAAGGUGCAGGCUUCACCACCCCUCACAGCUGCUUAUCCCAGCCCCGAGCCAGAGGACCUGAUUGUUCACAUGCAGGAGCUCUGUGAGAACAUGAAGCUGCUGGCCUUUGACCUCCUGGAUAACAACCGCAUCAUCGAAAGGUUAAGCAGGAUCCCCUCAGCACCUGGCAUCUGAGCUCCACAGGGUGCAGAGGCACUGAAGCAUUAGCCCCAGACUGAACUCUUCAUCCUUCACCAUGGGGCCAACACUGGAGGCUCUCUGGGUCCCAUCUCUCUAGCCUACCUCUCACUCGACCAACUCCUGAGAGAUUGACCCCAGCCUUCCAGACCUUUCCAUGAACAGCAGCGCUGCAAGUACUGGGAAACCUGGCAGGACCUUUGUUUGAAGACAGUCACUCAUGUGGCAUGGCUGAAUGGCUGGUCAGAGGAUGAGGCUCUACCAGGCCUUCAGCUUCUCCUCUGCUCCUCAAGGGACAGGAGGAGGCCCCUGGCAUUUCUCCUGGGGCUCUAAGGACCAAUCUUCUCCAAAGAGCUUUUCUUCUGUGGGACACAUGUAGGAAAGCAGCCUCUUUGGUCCCACUCAGCCCAAGUUCCCUCUGCUCUGAGUUUGGCUGAAGCUAAGAGGGAGAGAUUGGGGGUGGCAGUGCUUGGGCUCCCUUUUCUCUUUCUGGGCACCCCAGUCCUGAACCAGGAUCUCAGCCAUGGCCAGUAACCCGGGCUGAGAGAGCAGCUGAGGCCUGUGUUUGAAA